UAGUAUAGCAAAUACACACAGCAGCUUCUUCUUCUUCUUCUUCUUCAGUUCCUGUCAAGUGAAGCAUCACUGUCGGGCGCGUACAGAAGUCAUGAGUAAUAAGACAGACUGUCUCCACUUCACUGCGAUCACUUCCACUGGUCUUCCUGUGGUUUACGCACUGAUGUUCUUACCAAGCUUAACUGGAAACAUCAUCUCUCUCGUGAUAUUCAAAAGACUCAGUCGAAAGACAUCGACACACAUCUACCUCAUUACCCUUGCAGCCUCUAACAUUGUUUUAUCAGCUGGCCAGCCCUUUCAAGUAAUGUACUACAGCCAAGCCUGGUCCUGGCCAUACGACUCCGCGCUAUGCUCCAUCGUCUAUGAAGGAGUGAGCAUACUCACACACUGCAGUAUGUGUGUGAGCAUCACCAUUUUCUGCUGGAUUGCGGUCAGUCGUUACGCUACACUAACAAGGCAUAAAGAGCGCGGGCAGGUUAAACCAGAAACCAUAUAUGAAAAAAUUAUUUUUGGACAAAUUCUUAAAGCCUUCAGGAACCCCAAAUUUGCCUUUUACCUGUGUGCUGGUGUCUGGUUUAGUUUUGCAAGCGUAAAUAUGGUUUGUUUUCUGGUAAACCUGGAACGUGCGCCAGAUAAAGCUUGUUUCGAUAAAGAAGCAGAGAUUGAUGAGCAACUGUACAAGAUAACCUCCGUCGUAGAGUCGGCCUGCUUUUUUACAUUCUUCCUAGUGGUCCUGCUGUUUUACUACUUUUUUAUAAAGCACAUACAACAGCUCCAAGUCGACAGCUGCAUUGGAGAAAAGCAUCUCGUUUACAGGAAGGUAAAGCACCACCUCAUCAUCAUUGUGGCUUUGCUGCUGCUCUGCUUCACGCCUUAUCACCUCUCCAAGUUUCUCCUGGUGGGAUUCGACCACUCGCAGGGAUGUCAGCGGCUAAGCGCACUGAUAGAAAUUAAAAACUGCUGCCUGUGUCUUGCCGAGUUCAGAAGCUGUACAGACCCCAUUGUCUACUUUUGCUUAGACGAAACCUUUAAGAAGAACUUUCUCCUUUUUUGGAGAAAACGUUCAACAGAAAGAGGUCAGUCCGGCGAGGCAAACCAUCAAUCCACUGUGCAAACACCGACGUCAUCUGGGAGGAUUAUAUAGAGCACAGUGACAAUUGAAGAUGGCUGCUCAUGACUCGAGAACGAGGCCUACAAAAAAAAAAAAAAAGACUGCAACAAUUUGGAACAUUCUCGGGGCAAAAGUGUCCGAUUGCGCUUUGUGCAGCAUCAGUAACUUGCUAAUAAGCCCUCUGCAAUCAUAAAGGACACCAGAGCCCAAAAGCAGCCAACCGAGGCAACAGCACAGACAUUAUAAGUCCUUAUGAAUAUGAACACAUGAAAAAUUAAACACUUGCCAUGGGCAGGAGAUCAGAGGCUCCGAAAACUGACUACAAUAAUCUUCUGCUUCUUGAAUAGAAGGACAUUUGGGGAGGGAACAUGACAGCUGGAAAUAGGUAAAGACCUCAUAAAUUCAAUUAUUACAUGGAGCCUAACCGAGAACUAGGACACUAGUGAACGACUGAACACAAAAAUCAUCUGAUGCCUUGGGGCUGUAAAUAUGUUCAUCUAGUCUGAAAGUAACACGUUAUCACACUGGUGGGGUGAUGUUUUUAGAAAAUGCGGAGAGUGACCACUUUGUACUAAACCGAAAGCCCACACUUCCUUUUUGAGAAAGAAAAUAAUUAAAACCUUCUUAAGAAAAGUUUUGUAAGAAUUCUGAGCACUCAGGUGGACAGAAACGGCUACGGCCAGGACUAAACACAGACCUUUUGCAGGGACAGCUACAGUCCUAGCCUUGUGGCUCAUGCACACUGACAUACUAUGGAUAUAAUAGGGCUUCCAUUAAGGCCUCAUGCACACGACCGUUGUUCUGGUCCACAUCCUAGCCGCAGUUUUUGUGGCUC